UCGCCGCUCCGCUCCGCCAGUUCUCCUCCGCCGGCGGUCCGUUCUGCUCACGCGCUUUGGCCUCCGCCGCCGCCGCCAGCCACCAUGCCCGCUCCAGGAAUCAAGAAGGCGUUCCGCGGAGACGGCUCGGGGAGCCUACUGGCCCCGCAGACGCCCAUGCAGGUAGCGGCCAUCUUCGGCGCCGAGUUCCUGGGCACGGCGCUGCUGCUGUUCGUGGGCUGCAUGGGUAGCAUGCUGCCCCUUGGCAAGUACACUCUGGAGAACCAGCACCUGCAGACAGCAAUGGUCUUUGGUAUCACCGUCAUGUUUGUCAUCCAGAUUAUCGGGCACACGAGCGUGGCGCACAUCAACCCGGCGGUGUCGCUGUGCUCGCUCAUCCUGGGCAAGAUCCGCGUCGUCACCUUCGGCGUGUACGUGGCGGCGCAGAUCCUCGGCGCCAUCGCCGUGACGCCGAACCACUCGUGGAACGACACGCAGUUUGGCUGCUGCUCCUCGUGCCUGAACAUCCCGAGCCCCAGCCUGAGCAACGUGCAGGCGUUCCUCGCGGAGUUCAUGGUGACGUGCGUGCUCAUCUUCCUGGUGUGCGGCGUGUGGGACGCGCGCAACAAAAACGACUCGGCCGCCCCCAUCAAGUUCGGCCUCACCAUCAUGGGGCUGGCGCUCGCCGAGGUGUAUUGGGCGGCGCCUUUGACCGCGUCGGUGUUCGCGACGCUCUUCUACUCGUACGUGCUGAACACGGACUACUCGCGCAAGGAGAGCGCGGAGGAAGUGAGCCUGACGGCAAUCAAGGGCGACGGCCAGAGUGCCAGUCGGAACGCCGCCGAACCGGACGAGUAGACUCGGGAUUCUUGAUCUCGUUGCGCUAGAAUGACACGUCAUCCGGACGCUUCCGAAUCGUCAGAUUCUUUUGUUUGGGCAUUUAUUCGAAUAACGCUGGGCACAGAUCCACUUAAUUUCAUUUUUUUCUCUUUAUCGAAAAGUGGAUAAUUUAAGACAUGCGUUAUUUUAAUAUGUUAUAAAAUAUAAAAGAUUAAUAAAAAUUUUUCGUUUUUAAAACUUUAGUAGCUUUCUACUUUUGGUCAAUUUUACAUAUUAUAAUCGAGUAACAGACGUUAAUCAUAAUGUAAAUGUGAUGAUUGAUGCCACUGUUCUUAUUAUUGCAAAUUAAGAAAAUUCUUUUUUAACGUCCAUAUGAGAAUUCAAAGAGUAAUAUUAUUCACGUAUACUAUUUCAAAAAAUAUAGUGUACAACUAUAUAGGUUAUGAUUGCCAUCGUCAUAUUAUACAAAUGUGAACGCUCUUUUUAAACAAUUCUUUUUAAUGUUCUCGUUUUCUUGUAUAUUUAAUGCUCACAGCUAAUUUUUCAUAGGAAAGUCUAAGUGUUUUUGUGCCGGCGUUUUGGUACACGAUAUAAUGCUUGAACAAAGUCUUGUAUAUGUGGAAACGGAUGGAUGUCAUUGCUUGUCAUUCUUCUCGAGACAAUUGAAUUCUAUCCCAAGACUUGUCUGGCAACUGGGCUAGUCGCUACUCAUCCAAACCACCCGAGUAAAUGCGUUCAUUUGUUUAUGUUUACUGUACCCUUACCCAUAGUUCAGUGUAUAAAUGAGUUACCGUGUGGAAGAUUCUUGAGAUCUGCUUGACAAAAACAAUAAACAAAAAAUGCAAGCUCUCCAUACCGAAUAUUUAUGAGAGAUAUUCUAUUCAUAUUCUUGAAUAUUUCUCAGCAGGUCUAGUUAUUUCAGUCUUAUUUGAGAGCUAUGGAAACUUCUAGAUGAAUUUAUUUCGUAGUAUUCUCAAUUCCGUCAGCAAAUUAUUAUUUGUUCGCUUUGCCGACUAACAGUAAUGCUUUUGCAGUAGAUGAGAAGUAUCGUUGUAAAUACUGUAAGUAGACAUUCAAUCCCAAUUCUAUACUCUGGCGUUUCUAGUGUCAGAUAUUUUGUACUUUGGGAUUAUAUUCUUCCAUGAUUCGUGCUUCUCAUUUAAAUAAGCAAGUGUAAAUAAAUUUGCAACGCAAAUACGUUUACUAACAGGACGUUUGUUAGUCGGGAAAGCGAGAUUAUUUUCAAACAUCCAAUCACCAACGAAUCGAAGGAUAACACAUAUUGUGUUGUAAUAUAGUUUUACUGUACUAUAAUAGUCGCAUUUACUCGAUACUUCUUUAUAUAAAAUAUGUGCAUACAUAAAUAUAGCAAUAUAAAUACAUAUAAUUACAAAGUUGGCCAACAAACGGCUGUUUUAUUCUGGUCAUUCAACUGAGAUUUCCAUUGACAAGUACACGUAGUUAUUAUUUAGAUUUAAGUACAAAAGUUUUCUUAGAAACUACAUGAAGAGAGGGAAAAUAUUAAAAACUAAAAAUACUGAAAUGAUUUGUUCUAUUGUCUUUUUCAAAUUAAUGUGUACAGUAAAGUCGAGAAUGAGAACAUUAAGGGCCGCUGUGUUGAAAGUUAAUGGACGAAUAACCAUUGAAUAGAUGUGAAAGCGAGCUUAUGUGUAGUGUGCAAGCAUAUGUAUUUUUAUUAAAAUCUAUUUCAGAUGUUCUAAUUGUUUUCUUUCACUGUACUUUUUAACAGUUAUUUAUUUAACAGUUAUACAAUAUUAUACAG